AAUCCGCCUCCCUGGUGAUUCACGUGAUUUGAUUUAAGGGGCAAGCAGAAGCUGCUGGCGUUGCUUUUGAAGUUGAUUUAAAAUCAAUAAACAUUUACCCAAAGCAAACACACAGUAUCUCUGCCACAGAGUGUAUAUAAUUUGGCACUGUGACAAUGGAUUUUACGAGAUUCAUGAAUAAGUUUAAUGAAAUCGAACGACAACUGUCGCCAACGUCGGCGCUGCGCCUCAGCUUCGAUAAUAUAUCACCGGAGACCGAGGAGCCGCCCGAUGGCAAGCGUCUGUGGGGCGUUCCAGUGCCGCCAUUUGUCUCCGAUAAGGUCGUCUCCUGGAUCGAGGAGGAGUUCAACGAGGCGCCCGUCUACUACAACGGCAACACCGUGCUGAAAAAGGUGGAAAAUGUGCGCAUGAUUGAUCGCUACAAUACGAAAAAUCCCACAGUUGGCACUUUAUAUCUGACGGCCACCCAUUUGAUAUUCGUGGAGCCUGACAGCAACAAGGAGACAUGGAUUCUGCACAUGCACAUUGCCAGCAUUGAGAAGCUGCCGCUUAGCACCACCGGCUCCCCGCUGCUGAUACGCUGCAAGACAUUUCUGUCUGUGACAUUUGUCAUACCCAAGGACUCCGAGUGCCAUGACGUUUACACCUCGCUAAUGAAACUCUUUCAGCCGGUCUCCAUCAACAAGCUGUACUGCUUCAAUUAUCAGCCGGCCAAGGAUGACUUUCCCAAGAACGUCGGCUGGGACUUCUUCAAGCUGGAGGCAGAGUUCAAGCACAUGCUGGUGCCCAACGAGAACUGGACCCUGUGCUCCAUGAACGAGAAGUACGAGCUGUGCGACACGUAUCCGCGUCAGAUCUAUGUGCCCAAAGAGGCCACCACGUUGAUGCUGAUAAGCAGCUCACGCUUUCGCUCCAAGGGUCGCCUGCCCGCACUGACCUACUUGCACAACAACAAGGCGUCCAUAUGCCGCUGCAGUCAGCCGUUGUCGGGCUUCAGUGCGCGCUGUCUCGAGGACGAGCAAAUGCUGGAGGCCAUUCGCAAAACCAAUCCCAAUAACGAUUAUAUGUUCGUUGUGGAUACGCGACCACGCAUCAAUGCCAUGGCCAAUCGUGCCGCCGGCAAGGGCUACGAGAACGAGGCCUUUUACGAGAACAUCAAGUUCCAUUUCCUCGGCAUUGAGAACAUUCACGUGCAGCGCGCCAGCCUGCAAAAGGUGCUGGAGGCCUGCGAACAGAAAUCACCCACGAUGAGCGCAUUUCUGAAUGCCCUCGAGUCAUCCGGCUGGCUGAAACACAUUCGCUCCAUAUUGGACACGUCGAGCUUCAUUGCCAAUGCCGUCGACAAGGGCAUCUCUGUGGUGGUGCACUGCUCUGACGGCUGGGAUCGCACCGCUCAGGUCUGCUCGCUGGCGCAGCUAAUGCUGAAUCCGUAUUAUCGCACAAUCAAGGGCUUUCAGGCCCUCAUCGAGAAGGACUGGCUGGCAUUUGGGCACAAGUUCAGCGAGCGCUGCGGCCACAUUCAGACAGAUGCGCGCGAGGUGUCGCCGAUAUUCACACAAUUCCUGGACUGUACCUGGCAGCUAAUGUCACAGCGGAGCGAGUCGUUUGAGUUCAAUGAGCGCUUUCUGUUGAUACUGCACGAUCAUGUGCACUCGUGCCAGUUCGGCACUUUUGUGGGCAACUGCGAGAAGGAUCGAUUGGACCUGAAGCUGGCCGAGCGCACUUUCUCGCUGUGGGGCUAUAUGUCGAACCACCUGAACGAGUAUAUAAAUCCGUUGUACAAACCCAAUGUGGACGAAUCGAUCAAAGCCAAUCUGGCGCCGCAGUGCAUCAAAUUCUGGCGUGGCAUGUACAGCCGCUUUGAGAGUGGCAUACAUCCGCGUGAGCCCUUGGGUGAUUUGCUGCUGGACAGCAAGGAGCACUGUAACUCGCUGGAGGAUCAUGUGCAGCACCUGACGAAGCGCAUUGCCAGCUUCAAGAACUACAUUUCCAAGUCGGCCAAGAAGCUGCAGGAUGCCACCACCACAACCACCACCAAAGUUACCAAGGAGCCAACCACCAAUGAGAUCAAUGACAACAAAUAUAAUUACGACAAGAAGCUAAGCGAAUUGUCUGCUGCCGACGAUGAUCAUCCCCUGAAGGCGAGCAACAUGUCAUUUGCCAAUCUGUCGUUAAAUGCCGAACAAACAAGCCCGCAGGCUUUGAGCGAGGAAAUCUCGUCGGUGGCGCUAGAUUGGAAAUCCAUGCGAAAUGUAACCACCUGCUCCUGCUCCACACCCUUCGAUCAGUUCAGCAAAAAGACACAUUGCUGGCGUUGCGGGGAGAUCUUCUGCGAGCGCUGCAUUGAUAAGAACGUGGCGUUGCCUGGACACGACAGCGGCAAGCCGGUGCCCGUCUGUCGUGGCUGCUUCCGACAGAUGCAAAAGCAGAGUCCAUAAGCCCAAUUCUAGCAUAAUCCUAGUUGUAAAUUGUUGAGCAUGUGACGCGGAGUGAAUGUGGCAAGCGCGCGAAAGAGUGAGCCGAAUUUGUUUCGGGUGUGUUUUGUGGCAUUAAAUACAUAUACACGGAUUAACAUACCGGUA